AUGGACCAAUUAAAAGCAUUGACAAAAGGGCGCGCCAGACUCAAGGCCAAUAUCACACGGAGCUUGGCUUGGGCUGAGGACGCGCAACAUUCGAACGCCACACGGGCAGAGGUGUCUUCGCGGCUGGAGCAUCUCAACACAACAUGGAAAGAAUUCAAUAGAUUUGGUGAUGAAAUAGCUAUGCUCGACGAAGUAGAUGGCUAUGUGGAUCCGGAGCAUGACAACAUAUUCUACGAGGAAAAAUAUCUAAGGGCAGAUGCAUUACUUUCGGCGAUGGCUGCGAAUCUGGUACGACAUUUGGCUAUUACGGAUUCAGCUUACAACACUGCGUGGGAGCGACUUAAUGAAAGAUAUAAUCGUCCACGGCACAUCGUGAAUUCACUAUUGGAGCAGUUUAUGAAGCUGCCAACAACAACAAGGUCGGAUACAACAACAUUACGGAAGGUGUCAGACGGCGCCAAUGAAAUAGUGCGUGGUUUGGAUGCCAUAGAGGAAACAGGACGAGACUGUUGGAUCAUCUACUUGACGCUGGAGAAGCUGGAUGCAGAUACUCGACGCAGGUGGAUCGAGCGCAGUGUGGAGACAGACUCACCCACACUGGAGGAAUUCUUCAAAUUUUUGGAUGCACGUUGCGAGGAACUAGAGCUCAGCAAGCGGGAAACAAUCGGAGGCAAGACUACAGCCUCAAUCGGUGACAAGACAAGGAAGGUCACACAUUCGCUGGUUGUACUUGAAGGAAACAAGUGCAGCAAAUGUCAUUCUACAGAGCAUCGUCUGUAUGGAUGCCAACAAUUCUUGGAUAUGUCAGCAGGACAGAGGGUUUCGUUUGCCAAGGAAAACGCUCUAUGUUACAAUUGUCUAAAACCUGGUCAUGGGGUCAGGAAAUGCAAAUCCACGUUCAAGUGCAGACAAUGUAAAGGUCAGCAUCACUCACUGUUGCACCUGCAACGCACGCAACAGGCUAUUGGAACAAUCGCACAAACUGGUGAGGAUCAGGAGGAUCCUAGCGCAAACAUCUCAACGGUGACUACGAGUCACAUCGCACAAUCAACUGGAUGGAACAGGAGCACCUUGCCGACGGCCAUGGUCAACGUUCGCAACGCAAAGGGAGAUUUGGUAGCAUGUCGACUCCUAUUGGACACGGGUUCAGAACUGUCGUACAUAUCUGAACGCUGUAUACAAACACUUGGUUUGGCUCGUACGCCAUCACGCAUACUGAUUACGGGAAUUUCAUCAACCAAAGCAGACACUACAAGGGGAUGCAGCACUAUAAGCAUCCAAUCCCGUAUUUCGCAAGAUCAGCUGGUAGUCCAGGCUCAUGUGCUUGGAAAAAUUACGUCAUCAUUGGAAAGGCAGGCCAUCGACGCGUCUGCACUUCGAGGUUUCAACGAUCUGCAACUGGCAGAUUCACAAUUUAGCACAAAUGCCCCAAUUGACAUUCUUUUGGGUAGCAAACACGUUUGGAGUGUUAUAACUGGGAGAAAGAUCUACGACGACAAAGGAAAGCUCAUUGCUAUAUCAUCAAUUUUCGGAUGGGUAAUUACAUCACUGCUUUCAUCACGCGCAUGCAGCGCUACAGCACUUACAACAACAAUAGACAUCGAUGCUUAUCUCAGAAGGUUCUGGGAACUGGAAAGCAUACAACGCAAAGCAGAAGUUCAACCUGAAGACGAGGAGGUGGAGAAACACUUUCUUGCAACACACACUAGAGACAAACAAGAUACACUUCAAGGAGCGCUACAGAGGUUCAAAUCAGUUAAACGACGUUUGGCGCAGAAUGAACAGUUACGUAACGAUUACGUAAAGUUCGUGAGGGAAUACCUGGAGCUAGGCCAUAUACGAGAAAUCCCACCGAGCGAAAUUCCCAAGGGUAGGAAUUUCUACCUGCCACAUCAUCCCGUAUUAGGUCGGAAACUUCGAGUGGUUUUCGACGGAUCAUAUCAAGACGCCAAAGGCAUGGCUUUAAACGACACGCUCUCGAUUGGACCGACGGACAUAGUCAAGAUGUUCCGUCAAAUCUGGGUGAGCGAAAAACAUAGAGACUAUCAGAGAAUAGUAUGGAGAGAGGAUCCGUCAGAUCCUAUCAAGCACUUCCAACUAUGCACGGUGACGUAUGGAACAUCAUGCGCACCAUUUCUAGCAGUCAGAGUGCUAGAGCAACUAGCUGCUGACCAUAAGCACGAGUUUCCAAACGCAGCAAAAAUCGUGUUGGAAGAUUUCUAUGUCGACGACGUUCUCACUGGAGCAAAUAGUGAGGAUGAGCUGCUACGCAACAGGGACGAACUCGUCCAACUGAUGUCCUGUGCUAACCUAGAGCUCGGGAAAUGGGUAUCGAAUACCAAACGCAUCAAACCAAAGGGUAACACGGAUUCCUCACAAUCACCAGUCAAAGUGCUAGGGCUGCAGUGGCACCCUGGAGAGGACACAUUGUCGUACAAUGUAAACCUAUCGAAAUAUCCUAGCCGAGUGGUUAACGACGAUGGAACCAUUUCGGUCGCCAUACCUGGUGCAAAAACAAGAGUGGCACCUUUGAAGCAGCAGUCUUUGCCGCGCCUGGAACUAUGUGGCGCACUUCUAUUGAGUCAACUUCUGCAAUCCAUAAAAGCUGGACUAAUGAACAACGACGUAACGAUCUACGCAUGGAGUGAUUCGACGAUAGUCCUGUCAUGGUUAUCGUAUUUACCAGCCCAACUCAAGACGUUUGUUGGGAACCGCACUUCAGAAAUCCUCGAAACCAUCCCGAAGCAUGCAUGGCGGCAUGUAGACUCAAAAUCGAACCCAGCGGAUUGCGCAUCCCGUGGCUUGGGAGUAUCCGAGCUCAUUGACUUCCAAUUAUGGUGGAAGGGUCCUUCAUGGCUGAGGGACAAGGAUCAAUUCUUGGUGAAAUUGAACAAUACUCACAACAGUACUUCUCUUUCAGACAAACGCAUACAUGGUGAAGUCAAAAGUAACUACCUAGCUGCGCAGACGAAUGUCACGACGGACAACCCAUGGGAUAAGCUUCUCAAUCGCAACUCAUCUUGGCUGAAGCUUAUACACACACUUGCUUACGUUUUGCGCUUCAUUCAUCGCAUGAAGCACCCAUCUUCGAAACAAACAUCGAAUUCUCUAACAUUCGAUGAGAUCAAGGCAGCAAGGAUUCGGUGGCUGCAACACGCUCAAGCUGGUUUUCAACAGGAGAUCCAGUUACUACGCGCAAACAAGGCUCUAGGGAACCAAUCUCAAUUGGUCAAGAUCUCACCAAUCAUCGACAAGGACAACCUGCUAAGAGUAGGUGGACGAAUCCAACAUUCGCAGUUGUCAGCAGAGGCGAAGCAUCAGCAGCGUCUUAAGUGGACCACGACAACCCCUAACAUUUCGAUCGGCAGCGUUGCGCUCGUCAAGGAGUCCAACACACCACCAGCAUUAUGGCAUCUAGCGAAGGUGAUCGACACUUUCCAAGGAAAGGACAAUAUGCAGACGACACUGAUAACCUUGGGAAAGGCUGGAACUGUUCUCCUCGAAACAGAUAAGGCAAGCCCGGCUCGUGGAUAG